UCAGUAGUCUGAUUCCGGCAUUUGCACAACCAGCAAUACCCAAAACAAAUAUCAACAUGAAAUUCGUUAUUGUUUUCGUCGCCCUCUUCGCUUUGGCUUACGCUGCCCCAGCUGCUCCUGAAGCCGAAAUCGUCGAAUUGAGAUCCGAUGUUGAGCCCGAGAAAUACAGCUACGCCUUGAAGACCAGCGAUGGUACAUCAAAGGACGAAGAAGGUCACUUGGUCAAUGUUGGUGCUGAAGAUGAACACAUUGUUGCCCAUGGUUCUUACUCUUUCGUCGCUGAUGAUGGUCAAACCUACACCGUCACCUAUGUUGCUGAUGAGAACGGUUUCCAACCUUCAGGUGCUCAUUUGCCCGUUGCCCCUGAGGCAUAAGUUUCAUUCUCAUUAGUUGAGUUUGAUUGGUGAAAGUGUUAUUAGAUUAUUAGUAAAAUGAUGUUGAAUAAAUGAUUAACGAAAAAAAA